AUGUACGACGUUUGUAACAAAGAGUCUUGGCAGCAUCGCGGCAUCGACACAAUGGUGUUAAAAGCCUACAUCUUUUGCCUGAUAACCUGCUUACUUGAUGUCAGCUGCGAUCUUUUGUCAGUUACGGUUUCAAGAGCAAGGCUGCAAGGAAAUAACAAUGUGACUGCCGAAGAAAAUAUGGAAUUAUCCUGCCAAAAUCAACGUUUACGUUUGGAUUAUACUUCGUAUGGACCUUGCCGCCUACACAAGUGGCAUUACGAUUCGAGAGAAGAGGAGUUAACCUGCGUGUGUUUACUCGAAAAUUCCACACAAGUAAAUGGACAACUAUUACAGAAGGGUGAAUCAAGAACAAUUCCUUCGAUUUCCCAAAACAAUUUCAAAGAACUGGGUUGCGUCAAGCAAGGGCAGUUUGAGUUUGAAAUAAAAAUUUUCAAUGAAUCGCAUCCAGAGAAAACUGUGAACAGUCUUUUUUUCAGUGUCGCCAACGAAACGGGGGUCAAGGUGGUCACAAGUUGUAUGACAAUGCCACGCGAGGCUAAUGUACAUACUUGCGUCACAAGUUAUCAGAACGAGCAAAAGGUCACUUGGGAAUUUCCUGAAAACUGGAGUGGUCCAGCGCGGUUUCUCAAAAAGAUCGAUUACGAUUCAGAAGCAAUAAAUCUACAAAUAGUUGGAAUGUAUUGGCCAAAGCAGUUAUCAGCAAUUAACAACCAAGUGCUAUAUGUGGACAUAAUCGUGCUAGUGAAGCAAAAAUACGACAAUAUCUGCGAGGAGAUUUUUAAAAAUGUACGUCCACGUUUGAUUCCCAAAACAACCUGCCGUCUGGAAUUCUACGACGACUCCGUUCUAAAUCCACCGAACUUCGUAGCAAAGCUAAAUUUAUUAAUUCCAUUUCAAUGGGAGGAGCGCAAUACGAUGGAACAAGUGCACCUAUGGCUAGCCAACAGGUUGAUGAGGCCGGGGUACCAAUGCAUUUUUCCUGUACAAGUGCGAACACAGGCACCUACCUAUGUUCCAUCUGAAGUAGAUGCGGAAGCAAUGGACUACAAAUUCGUGUUGAUUUUCUACACGUCAAUACUUGGUAUAACAUCGCAAAGUGAGAUAUCUAAGGCGGAAUAUUGCGAAAAGCUCACCUCUCUAGCGAUCGAACUGAUAACGAACUGCAACAUCACCAUGAUGGUUUCCGACUAUGGAAGAGCUAUUGUCACAGUACCAAAAGCGCAGGCAUCCGUUUGGGAGGUACAGCAGCAUCUUAUGGUAGAACUGAAUAUGGAAAGCCAAAAUAAGUGUCUCGUCAACGUGGCCAUUGCUACGGAAGAUAAGGAUAUUAAGUAGUAAGGCAAAUUGGUAUGGAAGUUGCAUUGGUGCAGAAUGCAUGGUAGAGCG